CUGGGGCGGACUGACAACUCAUGGGGCCCCCGGGCAAUAGGGGAUCAUGGGGCCCCUGUGUCCUUGCCCAAACUCAAAAAAGCCUAUGAUAAAGUUACCAGGGGCAUCUUAUGUCCGCCCCUUUUGGGCAAGGACACAGGGGGGGCCCCAUGAGCUGUCAGUCCGCCCCUGGUGGAGACACAGAUUGUUAUGGAUUUGUUGAAGAGAGAGCACAGCAGAAGCUCUUUUUUCUCUCUAUGGCCUCAUGCACACUUGACAUUUUUAUUGU